AUGUGGCAAUGCCACCUCUCAGCCCAGGACUACCGCUAUUAUCCAGUGGACGGUUAUUCGUUGCUUAAACGCCUCCCUCUUCACCCUCCUACAGGACCCCGAUGCCCUGUCCAGACAGUGGGACAAUGGUUGGAAAAUAUUGGGCUACCUCAGUAUGAAAACCACUUGCUGGCUAAUGGAUUUGACAAUGUGCAAUUUAUGGGAAGCAAUGUAAUGGAGGACCAAGAUCUCUUGGAAAUAGGAAUACUUAACUCUGGACAUAGACAGAGAAUACUCCAAGCAAUUCAGCUUCUCCCAAAGAUGAAGCAGAUCGGUCAUGAUGGCUACAACCCUGCCUCUGUAGCUGAAUGGCUGGAUUCCAUUGAACUGGGUGACUAUACCAAAUCCUUUCUAAUUAAUGGCUAUACAUCGAUGGACCUUGUGAAAAAAAUCUGGGAGAUUGAAUUAAUUAAUGUCUUAAAAAUUAGCUUGAUUGGUCAUCGGAAGCGUGUUCUGGCAUCCUUGGGAGACCGGCUACACGAAGAUCCUCCUCAGAAGCCACCUCGUUCGAUAACCCUCAGGGAACCCAGCGGUAACCACACUCCUCCUCAGUUGUCUCCAUCACUCAGCCAAAGCACUUUCACUACUGGUGGCUCCCUGGACGUUCCCCACAUUAUCAUGCAGGGUGAUGCAAGGAGAAGAAGAAAUGAAAACUAUUUUGAUGACAUUCCCCGGUCGAAGCUGGAGAGGCAGAUGGCACAGCAGUCCUCUGUCUGUGAGAUCUGGACCAACCAGAAUGCAGGAUAUCCUUUCUCAUCGAUCCAUCAGGUUCAUAAUACGGGAGACUGGGGAGAGCCUUCAAUUACCUUACGACCUCCAAAUGAAGCCACAGCAUCAACACCUGUACAAUAUUGGCAACAUCAUCCAGAGAAACUCAUCUUCCAGUCAUGCGAUUAUAAAGCAUUUUAUUUAGGUUCUAUGCUGGUAAAAGAGCUAAGAGGCACAGAAUCAACACAGGAUGCAUGUGCAAAGAUGAGGGUAAACACGCAGAAGUCUACGGAACAAAUGAAGAAAGUGCCAACCAUUGUCCUGUCUGUCUCAUACAAAGGAGUCAAAUUUAUUGAUGCAACAAAUAAGAAUAUUAUUGCUGAACAUGAAAUCCGUAACAUCUCCUGUGCUGCACAAGACCCUGAAGACCUUUCUACAUUUGCGUACAUCACUAAAGACUUGAAGACCAAUCACCACUACUGCCAUGUAUUUACUGCAUUUGAUGUGAAUUUAGCUUACGAAAUCAUUCUCACACUAGGACAAGCAUUUGAGGUGGCCUAUCAGCUUGCACUACAAGCACGAAAAGGGGGCCAUUCUUCAACCCUCCCUGAGAGCUUUGAAAAUAAACCCUCCAAACCUAUUCCAAAACCACGUGUUAGUAUUCGGAAGUCAGUGCAGAUAGAUCCAUCUGAACAAAAGACUCUUGCGAAUCUACCAUGGAUUGUUGAACCUGGACAAGAAGCCAAAAGAGGCAUUAAUACCAAGUAUGAAACUACCAUUUUCUGAUACAAAACUGUCCCCCUAUUCCUUGUUGUGCCUUGCACUCCAAGCAGUCACAGCACAGCCUUUCCUUUAUGGCAACGUUUCAACCCAGCAGAGAGGAAGACUGCACUGUAUGCGUGGCCUUGUAACUAACAAAAAAGGCUGAUAGUCAUUUCUGGUGAUGUUCUUCUUCCUGCAGCACUGACAGAAGAAUGACACUAUACGAAGACUUUUAAAAUUACAGUCUACAAGAGGAGUGAGAAACCUUAUUUUUCACGCAGUUCUCCCUUGUGACUCUGCCACAGUGCUUUCUUUGAUUUCUUAUUUUAGAAUUCUACUUUUUAAAAAACAGAAGGUCUCUAAACUAACACUAAUGCUGCCUACGAGUAGGAUAUUUGAUUGGUUUUUUAUUUAAAUCUUGGCAGUUUUUAAUUGAAAUAUAAACCAGAAUUAAUGAAUAGAGUAUUUGUGAAACCACUGAAUUCAUUAAUAUUUGCUCUGUUGAAUAAAGAACUCAUUAAUGUGACGAGAAAUUAGGUACCCUGAUUUCUGUGUGCGCUGGUUUUAUAUGUAAUCCUUGGUGUCCUUUGAUCCUCUGCAGAAACAGGAGCCUCUUGAACUGUAACAAAGGAUCAGAGUUUUAUGAAUGGUUAGAAGAAAGGUAUUAAUAACGCACAGAAAACAUUUAUUAGAUAUUUUUAUGGAAGAGAAGUACUAUAGGAAAACAUGAGAGUAUUUAUGGAAAGGAAGCCAGAUUAAUUAUGACAAAUGUUGUUUAUUUUAAGGUUAAUUAAACCAUUGCUAUUGCAGCAUUAUGAAAAUUAUAGAAGUUGUAGCAUCAGUGCACUGGAUGUUCCAUGUCACCAGUCUGAAAUGGAAGUGGAAUGGUCAUUCCACCAUUCUACUCCACUUACAUACACUUUAUGCAGUUUGACAUUGCUAUAGCCAUGAAUUCUACUCGUAUUUUUUAAAAUAAUCUCAGUGGUUCUAAAAAAAAAAAAAAAAAAAAAAGUCAAAACUCUGGAUUUUGCUAUCAAGAUUUCUGCCACAGAAAGCUUGUUUAGAAGAAUGUUGAUAAAAUUCUACCGUGAAACAUUUUCUAAAUAAAAAUAGCGAGAAAAAGAAAAAAAUUCCAAAGUAAUAAAAUUGUUUUCAUGGAAAAAAACGAGUUAAGCAUUUGCUUAAUAUUUGAUUAAAUAAUAUUUACUUACAUUUUCUUUAAAGUGUUUUAAUUUUUUUAAUGUCUGUGGAGUAUUUGUAUAAUACCAUGAUGUAUAUUUAUGUAGAACUGAAAUUAUAACAGUACAAAUAUCACUAUAGGAGAAAAAAUGGCAUUUUAACGUAUAUUGUUCUAUCAAGUCAAAUUGUGAAUCAUUUUGAAGUUCAUUAUAGAGAUAUUGAUAAAUUGUGUGGUUGUCUUAACGUUUUUUUAAUUAUUAUUUCAUAUCCAGCUGAGGUUUUCGGUUUGACUCAGCAGUUGGUGAAUUCCAAAAUUGGAAAUGGAACUCGGUUUAAACCUGAUAAUUGUAUAUGAUUUAGUUAAACAUAAUCAUAGCGCUGAGUGAUGACAUAAUUUUAAUACAGUAUUCAAUUUACUUGAACAAAAUAGUUCCUUGUACAUAUUUUGCCUCUUCACUGUUGAUAUGUACGUAGUCAACUGACAGUCAAAAACUAACACAAAAAUAUGGUACCAAAAGGAAAAACUGUAUAGGAGAACAGUAAAUAGUAGCCUCACUGCAACAAAACUUAUGUAAAUAUGCUUGGGCUUCCAGUUAUAAAUUUUGUAAUUUUGUCAUUUAUUUAUAUCCUAUAAAAGCACACAAAAUAAAAUGAAGUUGUACAGUC